AUGCCGAACCCACUGGAGGAAGAUUCCGCUGGCGGUCUCGUGGCUGCCAACAACGGUACCCAGGAGAAGCAGCAGAAUGGCCUGACGACGUUGGGUGACAAGGGAAUUGAGAGGGAGAAGCUGCCGCGUAUUGCAUCCACGAUGCAGAAGCAAAGGCACUGUAGUUUGAAUUUCUCGCAAAUGGGUUCAUCCCAAUAUCUUCAAGGAAAAUUAUCACAACUGUUCCUCACGAAUGGGGGCACUCACGGAGGAUUAUCCUCGACAUUAUCGAGAACCCAGUCCUCCAGCGAUGAAGCCGCAGCUGUUGUCAGCGACCAGAAGGAGGUCACAGUAAUAAGCUCAAAGGAGGUCCUGUGCUUGAGCGAAGUCUUUGGCGUGCCCCCGGCACGUGUACGGGAGGUGGCUGUUGCCUCGGAGGGUGAUCGCGAACUGGUGUUGGCCAUUCUUCAGAGUGAGUGGGAGGAUCGAGAACAGCGGGGCGAGCCACUGCUGCCUUCGGCCGAGCGAUCCCGAAGUGGAAGCAUUAGCGACGUUGGAGAUCGGCCAAAGCUGCAGUACGGCUCGAAGCACGCGGUGAGGCGGAUCAUGAAGCUUCUGGACCUCUCCCCUUUAUGGGAGGGAGAGAUCAUUCAUGCACUCAACGCCACAAAGGGGGACGCACAGGGGGCGUUGUCUGUCCUUACAAUGAAGAUGGAGAUGGCAAACGGAGCACCAGCCCAGCGGCUGAUGCGCUGCGGUGAAAGUAUGUCUGAGCAGGAUAUGAUAAAGGUUCAGGACUACAUUGGCCUUCUGGAGAAAUCGCUGGAGAUCACAAAGGCACAGGCACUGCAAACAGAGUUUGAAGGACGCACAAUAAAGGACAUUGAGGAUGCAUUAAGGCUCACAGACGGAGACUUGAACCAGGCUCGACUGUAUCUUCAGCAGGUGCCGGCACAAAAAGAGACCCGAAGAAAUCUUGAGGCCCUCAUUGCAUCGCCCAAGAAAAGUUUUUUUAGAAAGAGGGAACGGCGACAAUUGAAACGUUACCCCUCCGUAGUCAGCAUUGCUUGCCCCGAUAAUGCCGUAUCUUUGUUCCCUCAUACUGCGCGUUCGAGGAGCCCUGAUGAAGGCGAUCGAGAAGCAAAGUCUCCCUUCAGCAAAACGACAUAUGUUUUUCGCCCAACGGAUUUGGCGUUAUCGCACGUCGAAUUGCCUUCUCAUUUGAAACAGCAAAAUGCACAUGAGAAGGGUGAGACAGCAAUGGAACUACGGCCUAAGAAAACGGAAUUACCCGAGAUUAUGCGGGAACCAGCAGAUUUAUGGAUGGGCAAGAUGCCAAGAGGUGGUAGCGUGUAUGCCUUGAACAAUUUAGAUGAUGAGACAGAUGAUGAGCCCUUGUCGCCACAGAGCGUUGCUGCCAUCAAAUCUGCAUUUAGUCCAACCAAACAGGGCAGAUCGUCCGAAAAUAGGUCCUCGACCUCUCGUGGGCUCACAAUGCCUCCAUCACUGCCAACAAGUGGCAUAGAUGGCAUUUAUCCAGCUGCACCAUCCCUGCGAGGUAUCGCAGCGAGCUCCGGGCUUCCGCCACCGCCACCGCCGCCACCACCGGGCGCUGGAGCAAAGUCUGGACUUCCACCGCCACCGCCACCGCCGCCGGGCGCUGGAGCAAAGUCUGGACUUCCACCGCCACCGCCGCCACCACCGGGCGCUGGAGCAAAGUCUGGACUUCCACCGCCACCGCCGCCACCACCGGGCGCUGGAGCAAAGUCUGGACUUCCACCGCCACCGCCGCCACCACCGGGCGCUGGAGCAAAGUCUGGACUUCCACCGCCACCGCCGCCGCCACCGGGCGCUGGAGCAAAGUCUGGACUUCCACCGCCACCGCCGCCACCACCGGGCGCUGGAGCAAAGUCUGGACUUCCACCGCCACCGCCGCCACCACCGGGCGCUGGAGCAAAGUCUGGACUUCCACCGCCACCGCCGCCACCACCGGGCGCUGGAGCAAAGUCUGGACUUUCACCGCCACCGCCGCCACCGCCGCCACCGCCGCCACCGGGAGCUGGAGCAAAGUCUGGGCUUCCACCGCCACCGCCGCCGCCACCGCCCAAGGCGAAAUCAAGACCCGCACAAACUGGUCCUACGCGUAGUAUUCCCAUCGAUGUGGUAAAAAAUAUUUCGAAGGUGUCAGUAUUCAAAGCCAAAGAAUCUAUUGUACUUCCCGAGCUGUACCGCAAGGAAUUGGCUAAUGAGUUUAGGCGGGUGGAGAAGAAACCAAUGGAACGGGAAACGCUGGUGAUGAAGGAGGUUAUUAUCGAUCCCAAUCGUGAGCGGAAUGUGGGCAUUGUGCUUCAAUUUCUGCGGCUUCCUAUACAGACUAUUGAGGCAAGUGUGCGUACAUUUGAUGAGCUGACUCUUGGUGAGGAGCACAUUUCAGGCCUUGUCAAGAUUAUUCCCCACGCCGAAGAUCUUCGGCCUAUUGAAGCAUGGAUGAGGCGCAAUCCAAAGGCGAGCGUUGCGCGACUACAUCAACUGAGCAUACCUGUACGCUUUUUUAUGAUGACGAUGAAAAUUGGGCAUUACGCCGAGCGUUUGCAAUGUUGGAAUUUAAAGAACGAAUUCAAAGGGCGUAUUGAUGACCUUGAGGUGAAAAUUUGCCGCACGCUAGAGGGAGUGUCUGCUGUGAUGGAGUCCACGCAAUUGCCCCGCUUGUUACAGGUUGUUCUUGCAGUAAGCAAUUUUUUAAACACGGGUAGUCGAUUUCAGGAGGCGAAAGGAUUUCGUGUGACGCAACUACCGCAAAUUAUUGAAUUUCCGACAACAAACAACAACCGGGUUCUUUUGGAUUAUUUGGUUGAGAUCAUCGACCAGCAGGACCCGGCCCUGCACAAUUGGACGGAGGAACUGUUGUCGGCGGCGGAAAACGCAUCAAACUUUGAUGUAUCCGGGGUCGCUGGGGAGCUUAAAUCCGGUCGCGCUCGUCUGCAGAAGUGUGCGUCACUUGUGCGUGCGAUUCCGGAUGACAAGCCAUGGACAACGAAGCUUGGGAAGUUUAUCUACACCGCCUUUCCAGCGCUGGAUCAUGUCGAGCAGCUGAUGAGCGAGUUGAAUGCGAAAAUUGAGUUGAUGCCGGCUUAUUUCUGCGAAAAUUCCAGUUCUUUUUCUAUGAAUGACACGAUGCGGUGCCUGGCAAACUUUGCGAAGAAGUAUAACAGAAAGAGAGACCAGUUGGCAGCGAAACAAAUGCGACUAUCGAAGUUGGCGGCAAAAGAUGCGGAGAAUUCAGAGAAUGUCACGGAAGACCCCAAUUCGAGGGUGAAUGUUAACGAGUCGCACAAGGUACAACAUUCAUUACAAGAAUCCAAAAUAAAAGUAGAAAAAGAGCGAAGCAAGCCAUCUUCUCCAGCCCCAUAUGCCCUGAUGGCCAAGAGUGAUAGGAGAGGUACGGUGGGCAAUGGCCGCGGAGUAGGGAGGAGGACGGAGAGCCUUAACAAUGGGUCCUGCAGCAACUCCAGCAAUGGUGAAACUUGUUCUGAACCCCGUCUAUUACUCUUCCAGUAG